AUGCUCUCCGACUAUCUGCUUCUCGUCCUGGGCUGUAUCUCGGUCGUCCUACUCGCUUGGAGGCUCACCACGCUCCUGGUCCGCCACGUCCGCACCGUCACAUGUCUCUACAACGACACACAGCGAUACUUCGCCCAGACGUCCGGCAAGUACGCGUGGUUCAAGCGCAACAUCCAGUACGCACCCAUCCUGGGCAAGCGCCACAACCGCGAGUUCCAGCUCAGCUCGGCCGUCAACGUCGGCACGCUGCCCACCCGGAUGCAGUUGGUGUUUUUGAUCGGCUACUUUGCAACCAACGUUGCGUUUUGCGUCGCCACCAUCGACUUCUCCGGAUCGUAUGAGGCCGUCGCUAAGCUUGUGCGGAACCGGACGGGCUACUUGGCCGUGGCCAACAUGAUCCCACUGUUUUUGAUGGCCGGGCGGAACAACCCGCUCAUUCCGCUGUUGGGCAUGUCGUUCGACACGUUCAACCUGCUCCACCGCUGGCUGGGCCGCAUCGUCAUCCUCGAGGCCCUCGCUCACACCUUGGCUUUCCUUGCCGGUAACGCGUCCUCGGAAAGCUGGGCUGCUGCCUUUGAGACCGCCACCACCGUUCCCUACAUGCUGUGGGGGUUCAUCGCCACCUGCGCGUUCGUCGCGAUCGGCAUCCAAGCGGCUAGCAUCUUCCGCCACGCCUACUACGAGACCUUCAAGAUCAUCCACAUCGCGCUCGCCAUCCUGGCUGUCAUCGGCGUGUGGUACCACCUCAACCUCAAGAACCUGCCCCAAAUCAAGUACCUGUACGCGACCAUCCUCCUCUGGGCCUUGGACCGUCUCGCGCGCUUCUUGCGCAUCGCCUACCGCAACUUCGGCGCGGGCGGCACCAAGACACUCGUUGAAGCCCUCCCCGGCGGCGCAUGCCGCGUGACCGUGACGAUGGCGCGCCCCUGGACUUUCCGGCCCGGCCAGCACGCUUACUUGUACAUGCCCACCAUCGGGUUCUGGCAGUCGCACCCGUUCACGGUCGCCUGGAGUGAAGAGGCCGACUCCCACCACGCCGACGGCGAGGAGAAGCUGCCAGUGCGUCGCCAGGACAUCCUCGGCGUCAAGAAAUCCACCCUCUCUUUCGUCAUCCGCGGCCGCACCGGGUUCACCGGCGCGCUGUACAACCAGGCGGCGUCGCGACCAGACGGCAAGAUGAUCACGCGGUGUCUUGUCGAAGGUCCCUACCGUGGCUCCAGCCGGUUGCACUCGUACGGCACGGUGGUGCUCUUCGCCGGCGGCGUGGGUAUCACCCAGGCCGUCCCGCACGUGCGGGAUCUGGUGGCCGGGUACACCAACGGCACGGUAGCGACGCGGCGUGUAGUCCUGGUGUGGACGAUCCAGUCACCGGAGCAUCUCGAGUGGAUCCGGCCGUGGAUGACGGAGGUGUUGGGUAUGGAGCGGCGGCGUGAGGUCCUGCGCGUCAUGCUGUUCGUCAGCCGGCCGCGGUCGACAAAGGAAAUCCACUCGCCGUCGGCGACGGUGCAGAUGUUCCCCGGGCGGCCCAACAUCGACACACUGCUGGGUAUGGAGAUGGAGAACCAGAUCGGGACGAUGGCUGUGUCGGUGUGCGGGCCGGGCGCGUUGAGCGAUGAGGUCCGCCGGGCGGCGCGGAAUCGCCAAUACCAAGGGAAUGUCGACUUUGUGGAAGAGGCAUUUUCGUGGUAG